AACCUGCAAGGAUAAAAUGCCCUACAAUCCUGAAGAGGAACAAACGUCUCGAAACUUGCGGCAAGAUUGCCGCGGAAUGCGCAGAACUGUCACUGAACAGGAUCCUCGGAGACGGUACCGUUAUGUUAAACUCGCGUGCACUAACCUAAAAUCUAAAUCAUCUCGUACGUCAAAUGUCAAACUUGACGGAUGAUGAAUCCUAGGCGAGCCUCCGUUGAAAUCGGACUUUAAAUCACACAUCAGUAAUUUGUCUCGAAAAUAGACUCGCUGAAGAAACGUCUCGCGGUUCAAAAAAUCGAGGAUAUCCCUGAAGAAUUCUGAACAGUGAGGUAGAGAGUAUCCAGCAUCAUCUAGUAGCUGACGUGUUAAGAACAAGAGUGUUUUUCAUCGCGAAAUGUGACCGCAACGAGAAAUUUGUCGAGCGAAAAUUCGAAUGCAGGAAAUCGCGGUCAGUCGAUCUAGAACUGUUAUCUUUUUCCUUUCCUUCAGAAAAUCGAAUAAGUGCUCGUUUUUCUCUCUUUUUCGUUCUUUUCCGGUUACAUUUUUUGCGCGAUGGAAGUCCGGCGCAGGCGAACGAGACCGCAGGAUGUCAAACACAGCACCCACGUGGAAGGCGACGUCAACGCGACGAUAAAUCAAUCAAGAAAUCCAAGGAAUGAGGCACCAGACAUUCCAAUAGGAAGUAAGAAAGCAAAUACAUCAGAUUCUAUCGACUCAAAGCAACUUGUCUCAAAAGAUGCAGUUCGUGCUCGAAUCAGGAUCAGCUUGGAGAUCGAUCUGAUAGCAACAAUUUUACUAGUUACAGGCAUCUUUACUCGUCUUUAUUGCCUUGAGGAACCACGUAAUAUAGUAUUCGAUGAGCUGCAUUAUGGCAAAUACGUCGGAUUAUACAUGAAGAGAACGUUCUUCUUUGACUCUCAUCCGCCUCUAGGAAAGCAAUUGGUUUCUGCAGCGGCAUAUUUAGCUGGAUUUGAUGGACAAUUCAAGUUUGACAGAAUUGGAAGUCCUUAUGGCGAUACAGUUCCUCUGUAUGCAUUACGUCUGGUACCGGCAAUAUGCGGUAGUCUGCUGAUCCCCACGGGCUAUCAUCUUGUUCUAGAACUGGGCUUGAGACAAUGGGCUGCAGCAAUUGGUGGAAUUCUUUUAUUACUUGAUAAUGCAUUGUUGACACAAUCUAGAUUUGUCCUGAUGGAAAGUAUUUUGAUGCAAUUUUCUUUACUUGGUUUGUUGUGCAUCGUAAAAUUUCGAAAAAUUAUGGAUCGACCAACAUCUAUGUUCUGGUGGAUAUGGUUGAUAUUAGGCAUUGCGAAUUUAACAUGUGCAAUAUGUGUGAAAUAUGUUGGAUUUUACUCGAUGAUCCUGGCACUCUUCCUAAUCGCUCGUGAUUACUGGUCUCUGCUCCCAAAGAAGACUCUGUCAAGUGCAAUGUUGUGGAUCCAUCUUCUAAUAAGACUCAUUGCAUUGAUCGCUGUUAUUGCCACCGUGUACCUGAGCAUAUUCUACGUGCACUUGACGAUACUCUCGAAAGCAGGGCCACACGACUCGGUGAUGACAAGCGCGUUUCAAGCGAGUUUGGAAGGAGGACUCGCCAGUAUCACGAAGGGGCAACCUCUAGAAGUAACUCACGGUUCACAGAUCACUCUUCGACAUACGUACGGUAGAGCUUGCUGGCUACACAGUCACAACCAUGUGUAUCCAUUGCGAUAUCCUGACGGUCGUGGUAGCUCUCAUCAGCAGCAGGUCACUUGUUACUCAUUUAAGGAUGUUAACAAUUGGUGGAUCGUCAAGAGACCAGACAGGAAUGAUCUGGUGGUGAUGAAGCCCAGUGAACCUAUCCGACACGGAGACGUGAUUCAACUCGUACACGGAAUCACGAGUAGAGCGUUGAACUCGCACGACGUCGCGGCCCCGAUGACGCCGCAGAGUCAAGAGGUAUCGUGCUACAUCGAUUACAAUGUAUCGAUGCCGACGCAAAAUCUCUGGCGGGUGGAGAUCACGAACAGGGAUCAUUCUGGCGAUGCGUGGCACGCUAUACAGAGCCAAGUACGAUUGAUACACGUGCACGCGAACGGAGCCGAGUUUGCGUUAAAGUUCAGCGGCAGACAACUGCCCGACUGGGGCUUCAAUCAGCACGAGGUGGUAGCGGAUCGGCUGAUGGACCAAACCAAUUCCAUCUGGAACGUCGAGGAGCAUCGGUAUACCAAAAGCGAGGACCAGAAGCAACGGGAACGAGAACUAAUUAGCGCGGAAAUGAUACCUUUGCAGGCGACCGCGUUGAGCUUCUGGGAGAAAUUUGCAGAGUUGCAGAUCAAAAUGUUAUUUGGCGGCCAGGAAGGUCAAAACAGUCACAUGUAUUCCAGCGGACCACUCGAAUGGCCACUGAUGUCUCGAGGAAUCGCGUACUGGGUAUCCAACGACAGCAAUGCACAAGUACAUCUUUUGGGAAACAUCGUGAUUUGGUACUCUGGCACGAUCUCUGUAGUCGUGUAUUCGGGGCUAUUAAUAUUUUAUUUGAUGAGAAGAAGAAGAAAAUGCUUUGACAUUGCCGAGGAAGAAUGGGAAAAGUUCGUUAACAAUGCUUAUAUAUUGUUGGCUGGAUAUUUUCUUCAUUUCUUACCUUUUAUGUUUGUUGAGCGAACUUUGUUUUUGCAUCAUUACUUACCAGCUUUCAUUUUCAAAGUCUUAUUAACAGCAGCCACAGUUGAUCAUCUGUAUUAUUUAAUAGGUACUCAUCGUUUAUGGAACAUUUCAUUGUACAUUCUAACAUGUGGUACCAUUGCUUGGAUACUGUUUAUCAUCUAUGUGUUCAAGAAAUUCAUUAUAUUUAGUUAUGGAACAUCAGCUCUCAGUGCCAAGGAUGUGAUAAAAUUGAGAUGGAAAGAGACCUGGGAUUUUAUUGUACAUAAAACGUAAAAACCCAUCGGGUUAGAUUUAAAAAAAACUUAUACUCUAUUAUAAGAUAUAAUAUUUUUAAUUAAAAAUGUUAUGUUUGAAAUAUGUGACAUUACAAACGAAACGAACAUUAUACGUACAAAUUAACAUGUUUUUAUACAGAGAGAUUUAACAAAUAUCAUUACUUUUAAUGAACAUAUAUGUGUAACAAAAUGUUUUUUAUAAUGAAAUUAUAAGUGCCAAGAAUAGACUAUAAAUAACAUAGUGGUGAGCACUUAUUAGAUAAAGUAAAAAGUUUUAAAAAUUUUUAUAGACUGAUUAUCUAUUUUUGUAAGAUUUUAUAUGUUUUAUUAUGUAAUGAUGACAUAUUACGCGAAGAAGUCAAA